UUAAGUUUUUGCGUUACCAUCAUAACAUGUAAUUUGGUAUAGAUAUAUGUAUAAACAUAGGUACAGUAGAGGCGAGAUAAGUAAAUCAAAAGAUUUAGACAGAAUGUUCUUCAUCGUAUUUUUGCAGUUCGGUUUCUUGGGGGCUACCUGCGCUAACGGCCGAUAUCCCAUCUUACAUUAAUCUUUGCAAGAAAACUGAACCAGAUAUCGCUAAAUGUAUGACAAAUAGUGCCAACGAAUUGAUCCCGCAUUUGGUGCAUGGAAUUCCAGAACUAAAUUUUCCACCAAUAGAUCCGAUGCGUUUUAGCAAUUUAUCGGUUACAGUUGGCGAAUCAUCGAUAAACAUAAAAGCGGAAUUGAGAGACAUCGUUGUUGAAGGCCUUAAAGAUAUGAAAUUUAUAGAGUCCAAGCUAGAUUUUGAUACUGGAAUUUUUGAAAACAAGAUUGUUAUUCCUAGAAUAAAUGUGAAAUGCCAAUAUCACUUUAGCGGACAUAUUUUACUUUUUGAAAUCGAUGGCGGGGCUCAAGCAGAACUUAACGCAAACGAUAUUAGUGCGACGUUGACGAAAUUUGGCAAUUAUCACACGAAGAACGGCAUCAAAUACAUCAAGUUUGGUAAAUCUGACGUCAAAGUCGACGCUAAAGAUGUAUCUGUACGUUUUGAUGAUUUGUUUCGUAACAACGAGCUCCUCACACAAACAGUGAACCAAGCAAUCAAUGAUAAUAUUCAAACCCUUAAGGAAGAGUUGGAUUCGCUUAUAGGGAAGACAAUCGAGGAGGUUAUUUUCAAGGGCUACCUUAAAAUAUUUGAUCAGCUUCCGUUUGAUGUACUAUUCCCUAAUUAGUAUCGCUUAGAAUGUUCUAUGCAGAAUUAUAGUCGCUUUUUCUUAAAUAUAUUUCAA